AUGGCGGGGAGGUUGAUAUGGCUGAUGCUGAUCCUGGUCACGUGCUUGGAAGGCAGUGAAGACAUGACUACUUCUGGCUUCACAAGCUUCGUGCACUCUUCCUCUGAUUGCUCCAUGGCCAGUGUCGUACGAAUGAGCUCCUUCCUUCGUUCUCGAUGCUAUCAGUCGAGGGAGGCAAGAUGGCUACUCGAGACAUGUCAGCAGGGAGUGGUGAUACGACGAUUCUGCAACGAGUCGUGCAAGUCAUGUGAAACCGAGCAAACUGUCAUCAGUUCGUGUACGCCUACCCAGGAAGGGUACUUCUCUUCUGCUAGCUGCCAAUCCACUUGGACCGCGAGACCGGACACCAACUUCUACGUACGGAAGACUUUCUUGAAUGAUGCAAAGAAUUUGAGUGAGUCGUGCUCUUCGACGCCAAUCUCUGUACUGUAUCAGAAGGAACAAGAAUGUAUCCCUGACUCAAGUGGCUAUUAUACGGUUUACCGCAUGUGCCGCAACCAGGCAUACUUACUGCAGCAGUGUCAGGAUUCAAGAUGUAAUUUCUGCUUGGAUGUCUUCUCAAGAAUUUUAGAAGUCUGCGAGUUAUCCAGUGCCAACUAUUCUACGAUACAUUCGAAGGCAGGGCAAGGCCAGACAAUCAUGUCAAGUAACAACAUUUCGAUUGCGGAAAUGCCUUGCAUGGGUUUUGUGAGCGACGUUUUGGUCCCUCAGCCAGCUAUUUCCCUGUCUGGUAGUAACAGCAAGACCAGCAUGGGAAUCGCUGACGUUGCCAUUAAUUUGGAAUCGGUAGGAAACCAAUCAGAAUCUGUCACCUUGCAAGGGAAUCUCAUGGCAAAGACAAGGUGCGGAGUCCUUUAUUACACGGACUUGCGCAUUGACCGUAUUGGGACAUAUCUUUUGAAAGUCGAAAUAGCGUUCUAUCCUUCUCAAAGCACAUUGAAGGACAUAAGGCUUACCUCUCAAACGUUCCAUGUUUCAUACGGCAAACCUCAGAGUAUUGUGAUAAAGAGCCCAGCCAGAGGUUUGAGGAUUGGCUAUCCAUUCAAACUUCAACCUGUAGUACAUGUAGUAGAUGUUGGACAAAAUCUUGUACUGAAUGCUGCCCUUGAAGUUACGGCAGUUUGCUUUCCAAGAGAUGUUUGCAGGCUCGGAUCGUGGUUCUCAAAUGGGACAUUAACUCAGAUCUAUCAAGACGUUUUGAGAUUCCGACUGAUACAGGGAUCAUCCGCGUUUCAAAACUCAAACUUGGGAAUAUACACAGCUGAUAGAUCAGCAAACAUGCUUUUUACGUCAUACCCGUUAGCGACGGCACAAAUGCGAAUGGUCUUGGGAUAUAAUCCGUACAGAAUCAAUAUGGUGAAAGCUUUGCCUUUCCCCUUGUAUGCUGGCAUUCCCAUUCAGCUCCUGAUUCAACUGUCAGCUAGGUAUGAUGAGCCGUUCGGUUGGUUUGAUCGCCGUCCGGCUGUUGUCCAGGCAACACUCUUCAGAAUCAAGUUCACAACUCACACAGAAGCGCCUUUCGAAGGCAACAAGAACGCAACAGUCGAUUAUGAUGGCCUUGCCUCCAACGAAGUGUCACUAAUGGAGGUAGACUACGUGUAUUACUUCCGCUUUACUCUUGCUUUCAACCUGGAUGGAAUAGAUAUCUCACUUCCAACUGUCCUCACGGGGACUUUUAACGUUCUUCCUGGUCCAGCAUAUGCGAUUUCUCCUUCAAACUUUAUCCCACCACGGGUCUCGAAGGCGGGUAUUGCAAUGGCUCCUCAACCGACAUUCAUCUUAGUGGACAAAUAUGGCAACCAGAACAAAUCAUGGCCUCCUCCUGUUGUGGCGUAUGCAGAAAUAUUAAAUCAGUCAGCUUUCAAUCCUUUGAGAGAUGGAGAUACGUUGCUCUUUGGAAACAGCAGGAUCAGUUUCGUCGCUGGAGUUGCUUCCUUCACAGACUUGUUGUUCAAGAGAAUCGGUAAUUUUCGCCUCAUCUUUGCGUCUCAAAACCUCUUGGGCUUCAACUUUACGCUGGAGGUGAUGUAUGGAGAUCCCUCAUCGCUCCUCCUCUUCCAGGAGCCUAGUGGACUUCUAUACUCCAAGGAGUUCGAUGUUCCGCCGAUUGUUCACGUUGUCGAUACCGGCAACAAUGUGGUGGACAAUCAGAUUUUUACUAUCACUGCAGAGCUCAUCACCAAUGGAACUUCCUUCUACUUCUGGCUACAACCGCAGAUCUCUUGGAUCCUCCAGAACCUUGAAUUCCAGCCUCUAGUCGACAACAACGAUCUGACGUAUUAUGAGCCUGCCUUGUUCUCGACGUGGGACCUUAAGUUCAAUCUGGGGGCUCUUUAUCACAUCCGAAAGGUGAUGAUCAAGUACAUGCUGACGGCAAACGGUCGGGAUAUCACUUUGACGAGCGUCCAACUGCUUUCAAACGAUGGUACUGCCCCCGUUGCCAUUUCAACCUUGUCAAACUCGCCUACGUUGAUGGAUCAGAAAUCGAACGUUUCGGCCGUUUCCAUCUUCACCAUCGGCACAGGCUCUCCGGCGGUCCAAAAGGUCAUUGUGCGAGUGCUGGGUACCAGCUCGGGCAGUGCGCCGAGAGUAUCAGGGAUCAAUUUCUUUGCUGGAUCAGUGCCGACUUUGACGACGACGACUGGAUUUCUCUUGCGGAACACAACGAUGGGAAGGCUACAGUUCUCAGGUCUGAUGAUAGAGGCCCAGCACAAGGGGUUCUUUGAUCCCCAAAGUCUCGAGGACUCGAAUGUUUCUCUAGCUCAGCCUUGCAAGAUGUCCCUGAGAUUUUCCGUUAUGAGUGCAACACAAUCCAUACGAUCCGUCACUUCCCGAUGGUUUCAGAUGUCCCACGGGCCUGUAGAGAUAAGGCCCCUCACUUAUCCUACAAGCCUUGCCUUCAAUGAGACGAUGACCCCUUCUCUUGUUGUCGAGCUGCUGGAUCAGUACGGGGUCGUUGCCACGUCCGGAAGUUACGCAAUCAGUGCCGUUCUCAUCCGCCAGUCUCGAGAACAAGCAGUGGAGGUCAACAGGUUUGACAACGUGUCUGUCAACGGAAAAGCUUCCUUCCGCAUCACGUCACUAGCUGCUGGUAACUUCAUCAUCCGCGUGACAUGUGGGUGGAUCGUGUCUGACGUCGGUCAGUUGGUUGUCUCGCCCGGUCUUGCUUCAAACCUCCUCCUUGUUCAAGAGCCGCUAGACUGGGUCGCCGGCUAUCCUCUCAACUCCCAACCCCUUCUACAAGUUGUGGAUGCAGCCAACAAUCUCGUUGAAGACGACUUCUACACAACUGUCUCUGCAAAUCUGUAUAUGAAUGGUACCAGUAUCUCAGAUGGAGAUUUUCCUUACCUUACCAAAUCUAUUCAAGGCAUUGCAAAGUUUUCAAACAUCAAAAUCAACAUUGCUGCUGACAACCUAGUCAUAGCUUUUGGAAUUAACAAUUCCAAAGUACUCAUUGCCUUCUCCAAACCUUUUCAGAUUCGCAAGGGAAAUGCUCAACAACUCCUAUUGCGUCGUAUGAUCGGUCGAUGCGUAGCCCAACAAAAAUGUCUAGAGCAGCCGAUAGUGGAUGUCAGUGACGCAGGUGGGAAUAAGAUUCAAACGUCGGGAAACUUGAGAGUCACAGUCUUUUCAUCUUCAAAUGUUGACGUCACGUCCGAUGUUCUCCCCAGAACCAAUCUGUUUCCCUUCUUCGCCGGAAGUCUCGAAUUCUCAGAUCUGAUGUUUUCCAAGAACGGGACCUUUGCGCUAAGCUUUUUGGCAGUUGAGCUCGAGCUGGGGAUUACGAGCGACUUCUUCGACGUCACCAUGGACGCGUCUAGCCUCGAGGUCAUCGUUCAACCCUCAUCAUUCCUACUGUCUGGCGAGGCAGGAGUAGCCCUUGUCCAACAGCCCCAGCUCGCCAUGUUGGACGAGGCAAGGAAGGUCGUCAGCACCAACGCCUUACUGCAAGCGAUUGUCUAUGAGAACAAUGAAACUCAAGGAGUCAGUCGCUUCUUCCCUUCAUCUCAGGACGGCAUCUUUCGCUUCACAGACCUUGUAGUGUACAAGGCGAGCAAGUGCGUUCUGAUCAAGUUCGUCGCUAUGGGGUUACCUCAGUCGGUUUCAAUGGAGGCUCUUUCACUACCUUUCGAGAUCCGAUACGGUCAAUCAAGUCGGUUGCAGGUCCUGCAACAGCCAGCAAGAUGCUCAGUGGGAGCUGAGUGCCAAGUUCCCCCGAAAGUUGCCGUCAUGGACAAGUUUGCGAACCUCAUCGAGUCGAGCGAUUCGAUCGUGGUGACAGCUUCAGUGAUCAGCGCUGAGAACGACAACCUCAUCGACCUUCUUGCUGACUUCACUCAGAGCGGAGUUGUCUUUUUCUCUCGUCUGGUACUUACGAUAGCAGGGGAAUGCUUGUUCCUGCGAUUCAGUAGCUUUCCACUCGCGUCCGCUGACUCAGAUCAUUUCCUUGUGAAACCUGCGGCCCCUUCCUCCCUCCUCCUUGUCCAACAGCCAGCUGCUCCUGCACCAGGGGAGCCGCUAGGGACUCAACCUAGAGUAGCAUUGAAGGACAAGUUUGGGAAUCUAUGCGUGGAUGCGCAAGUCAAAGUGACUGCGACCAUCGAUCACUCGUCCAGAAGCAUCUCGAUCAAGGGGCAAGAGACUGCUGGCUUUCAAGACGGAUACGCAGCUUUUACUGACUUGCGAGUUGACACCGCCGGAAGUUUUCGACUGAAUUUCACGGUGGAUGAGGACGAGGCCAUUUCCGUCGCUUCAAACCUGUUGACUCUCACUCCCUCCACCGCAUGGGACAUUAGCAUGCUCAGACAACCUGACGGAAUCAUGUCCAUGGCAAGGCUGCAGAGGAGUCCUGCCGUGGCCAUUCGAGACAAAGGAGGAAACCUGGUAGCAUUGUCAGGAGUUCCGAUAACAGUCGCACUGAGAUCGACACUUGUAUCAUUGUCACUUUCAAAUCGAACAGUUCUUACUGAGGCUGGUGUGGCUGUGUUCACUGAUAUAGUGAUCAUGGGGAAGGAGAAACAUGUCUCGCUAUCCUUCACCACUCAGAAGGGAUUGUUAGACUCUUCAUGGGCGUAUGAUGAGAUUGUUUCCGUCUUCUCAGAUCAGUUCGACGUGGCUGGUGCUCCUUACAAUCUCUCUGUGGAGAUGAAUGUAGAGAGGUAUGUGAGAGCAGGAGCACCGUUUGUGAGGCAGCCAGUCAUCAGAGUCAUCGACACAAACAAUCUCACAGCUUCUUGGUGUCCAUUUCAAACUUGUUCUGUCAAUGCUUCCUUGACAUGCAAGCUUCCUGAGUCCUGUCCGGUAUUGCAGGGCACAACCCAAGUGGUUGUUGUGAAGGGACUGGCGAUCUUCACGGACUUGUCUUUGCUCAACACAAACAAUGGACAAACAUUCAGGAUCAUGUUCACUUUGAAUGAGACGAUUUCCGCUCUCUCGUCAAAUUUCACCGUAUUGCCUUCAGAUCCACAUCGAAUCUCUGUAGAGUCCAUGCCUUCACAGAAUGACAUUCUAUCGGGAAUUUCCUUCAAAGUUCAGCCUCGACUUUCACUUGUAGAUUCAUAUAAUAACCUCGUUCCUGUCUCAACCUGGAUGUCGUGUAAGCUCCUACAAGCAGGGACAGCUCGGUCACAGUUUCUGAUCUAUGGGAAUUCGAACAUCUCGGUUGUCAAUGGAUAUGCUCAGUUCACUGACUUGUACUGCAAGGCUGCGGGAGACGGAUUUACCCUGCUGUUCUCGACUCCUCUCCUUGAGCCUGUACAAUCAGGUGUGUUCAGAGUGACUGCUGCUUCAGAGCCAAGCUCCCUCGCCUUCCUGCAGUCAGCUCAAGGGUUCCGAUCCUCCGCUCCCUUCCGCAUCCAACCGUCCUUGACGGCCGUUGACGCGGGAGGGAACCUGGUGCCGGUGAAUGAAGGGAGGGUAACGGCUCAGUUGCUCUUAACUCAACCCGCUGCGGAUGUGACACUUGUGGGCACCAGCUCAGCAACUUUCUUGAAAGGAGUCGCUGCAUUCACAGACUUGGCGGUAAGUUCUGCCUCGAGUGUGGUGAAAGCACAACUUCUGUUUGCCUCCAGCAAUUACGAUGCACAACUCAAGUCUGACUACUUCAAUGUUUCCGACUCGGCUGGAGCCCGUAGCCUGACUUUAGUGCAACUCGUCUCAAAUGAAAAUCUUGCCAAUGCAAGUUUUGCUAUCCAGCCCAAGGUUGCCAGUAUGGACAUCAACGAUGUUAUCGUAGACGUGGAGAACACCAUCCCUGUCAAUGUCUCGAUACUUUCAUCACAAAGCUGUUGUGGAUACGUAGGUUACGACUACGCGGAUGCAAAGAUCUAUGGAACAACCUCAAUUCUACUUGAAAAGGGAAUUGGAACAUACACGGACUUGAGAAUCGACAAGGUUGGAAGACAUUUACUGCAGUUUUUUUGCAGGCUACGUGAUGGCUCGAUAGUUCAAAGGACACAGUGGAUAUACAUCCUGAUCAACACACCCUCGCGCAUUGAUCUCUAUCAGAUCACUGCAGCCGCGAGCACUGGAGAGCCUUUGUCAAUUCAGCCGGCAGUGAUUGUGGUGGAUGCAGGAGGCAAUCGAAUCCGGGAUCAGCGACAAGAAGCCUCGGUAGCUACAGUGACAGCAGCGCUCUUCAUGCCCGACAUCUGCCGGUCGAUGCCUCAAUGCUGCAGCACCAGCGCCAGCACUUGCAUCAGUCUUCAGCUCAACGGCUUGCUGGGGCAGACAGUCCAACAGUUCGAUCAAGGUGCGGUGAGGUUCACAGACCUUCACAUCGACAACCCGGGCCUGUGGUCCAUCGUCUUCAUCACCGAUGGGAUCUUGCCUGCAGUUGUCGCCAUCACAGUCCAACAGGGAUCUGCUGUUCAGCUCAUCGUUUCUUCUCAACCGAUUUCAGUUGCGGCAGGCAAGACGUUCUCGUGCGCUGCAGGUGUCGCCGAUGCCGGAGGAAAUAUUAUCAAAACUCUUAGCGGGAAUUCAUACCCAGUGAGAAUCAAUCUGAACUCAAGCAACCAAGCGUUGAUGGAGACACAAGACAUCGGUGUCGCCACCUUCUCCCAAGUCAGAAUCUGGACUGUUGGGUCUUGUUAUCGGAUUGUUUGGUCUUGUGAUGGAUUGAAAGAAGCAGUUUCCGACAUCUUUUCAGUUUAUCCUGGCAUACCAUAUGGUUUAAAAUUCCUGCAAGAACCGCUGCCUUGCUCGCUCCAGGGAUUUGUUGCAGGAACAACAGUAUGCAAGCAGCCAAUCUUGCAUAUUGUGGACGAGGGAGGGAACAACGUCAUUUCAUCAUCAUCUUACUUCCAUGUUUCAUUGUCGGAUUCCAAAGGCAAGGAUGUCACCGCAGCCUUAUCAGGGAAUCUCAUGGUGGAGUACGUCAACGGGCAAGCGUCUUUCAAGGAUUUGCGUGUUAUGUCUGUUGGAACAUUCUAUUUCAACUUUUUCACUACCAACGGAGCUGGGUUUCAAAUGUCCUCCACAGCUUUCUCGGUAAUCACUGGAUUGGCAAAAGCUCUACUUGUCAUCGUUCAACCCAAUUUGGGUUCACCUGGCUAUCCGUUUUCUCAACAGCCUGAGAUUCAAGUAGUUGAUGACGGCUACAACGUGGUUGCAAACUGGACAGAUCACAUAAGAGCUGAGUUACUCAAAGGAAGCAAAACGUCAUUUCUCAUGUUCUUCAACAGCAGCAGACCCGAUUGUCGAGUCGAUGUUGACGGCCAACUUUGCGAGAAGCAGCCAGGCGAGGUUUUGACUGCAGAGGUCAAAGAUGGCCAUGCUUCCUUUGCAGGGCUACGCAUCGAUAGAGCAGGGCAAGACUACACCAUUCGCUUCUCAAGUCUGAACCUCAAGUCUGUCGAUUCCUUGCCUGUUAUUAUCACCACAGGCCGUCCGUCAAGGUUAGCUAUUCUCAUCGAACCCUACGGGGCGAUGGCAGGAGAGUACAUCUACUCGAGGCCAUCUGUACUGGUCGUUGAACGAGCCAACGAUGUCAUCGUUCAACUGGCGAUUAUCUAUGACGGCUAUGGGGCUUCUGAGAUAAUGGAGUUGUCGUCAAAGAGUUCAAUCACAAGGAAUGGGAUAGCAGUCUUCACAGAUAUAGUCUUUUCACAGCCUAGAAUGACAUACAAGAUCCGUUUCACGGCUCCGUCCCUCUUCUCUGCAGACAGCGAGACCUUCGAAGUUUUAGGACCGACUAAGAUCAAGGUGAUCUGGUCGAAUGAUCUUGUUAUCAAAUCUGGGGUUGCUUUCAGCGUUCAACCCCAAGUUGUAUUUCUUGACUCGCAUAACAACUCUAUCCCAACGCAUCAAACUGCAAAGGUACUUGCUGAGAUCAAAAUCGGUAGCGGUUCAAGAAAUGGAAUGAUUUUUGGAAAUAAGUUUGCUGUUGUGCAAUCGUAUCCCGACCAAGUGAGCAAACUCAACUUCAAGCUGCUUGACUAA